GGGGGGAGGAGUGAGUGACGGUCGGCGCUGGGAGUCUCGCGGGUUGGCUGAGUUCUCGCGAGAGGUGAGGCGGUGGGUCGGGCGCUGCGGUAACUGUCAGCGGAGAGAGCGCGAGCGGCCGCGCGGCCCUGAGUGUGUGUGGGACAGGACAGGGAGACGAUGAAAUAGCCGCUCCCCUCACACCACAACAAAGCCACAGGCCACCGACGAUCUCCCAGAGGUUAAAUCAUAAUUCAGGGGAAGGCACACCUCUUUGAAAAGGUUGAAGUGUAUACCACAUUCAAUAACCAUUCUGAAGAACUCCCAUCUUAAUUAAGCAUGGCAGAAAACAAUUUUCCACCUCUGCCAAAGUUCAUUCCAUUGAAGCCCUGCUUUUACCAGGAUUUUAAUGAGAUUCCUGAGCAGCAUCGGACUCUGGCAAAACGCCUUUACUACCUUUGGAUGCUGAACAGCAUCACGCUCGCAGUGAAUCUGGUUGGCUGCCUAGCUUGGUUGAUUGGAGGAGGUGGAGCUGUCAACUUUGGACUAGCCUUUCUCUGGCUGAUUCUUUUCACUCCCUGCUCUUACGUUUGCUGGUUUAGACCAAUCUACAAGGCCUUCAGGUCAGACAGUUCGUUCAACUUUAUGGCAUUUUUCUUCAUAUUUAUGGCCCAGAUGGUGAUCAGCGUUAUUCAGGCAGUGGGAAUCCCUGGCUGGGGAGUAUGUGGCUGGAUUGCUACGAUUUCCUUCUUUGGAACAAACGUUGGCUCAGCAGUUGUGAUGCUGAUCCCCACGUUGAUGUUUACAGCUAUGGCUGUGAUGUCCUUCAUUGCUCUGACCAAGGUUCAUAAGUAUUAUCGCGGCAGUGGAGGGAGCAUGAGCAAAGCUCAGGAGGAAUGGACAACAGGAGCGUGGAAGAACCCACAUGUCCAGGAGGCAGCCCAACAAGCAGCUGUGGGUGCUGUGCAGGGAACCAUGCAGAACCCACAAUACUCAGACACUCCUAACUAUGCUUACAACAACCAGAUGUGAGCCCCUGUAUACUACACCUUGCCAGUUUACAGAGUAUUCCCUGGAUUCAGGAUAAAACUUCAGUUCGGAAAAUGCACUGUAGGUUGUUUUUUUGUAUUUAUUGUUCCAGGAUAGAGCUCUUGUGCGUGCGGCAAACAGCUGAUAUUUGUGUGUGCACUAGAAACUGAAACUGUGUUCACUGUAGAAAAAAAUGUGCAAAUACCUUUUAACAAUGUGAUGUUAUUGAUAUUGAAAAAGUGUUUGUGAUGUAUGGAUCACUUCCAACUUUAGCAAAACAAAAAGCAUAUAUAUAAUGUCAUGCCUGUCGGUCAGAUAAUGGGAACAAUUAAUCCUAAGGCGAUGAGGAAGCAGUUUGUUCUGAAGAAGUGCUGCCGAAUGCCCCAUUCACGUGAAGCUCCCAAUUGUGUGAUUUUGUUAGUUGUAUAUUUUCCUGGGUGCAGUCUAUGUGUUAUGAAAAUGUGAGGUAACUGAGGUGGAGUUACCCUAUUGAAGGCAGGACCAGAAGAAUUUUAUUACAUCCCACAUAUUCUAAUAUGUAACUUUGCUUUUUAAACAGAGCAUCAACCAUAAGAUGAGUUCUGGAAAUUUUACAUGCAUAAAUCUAGAGGGAUUGCACUCUUGGCUGCUUAAGUAAUAAUUACUCCGGGAACUAUAAAAUCUAGCACUUGGAUGUUGUAAUCUCAAUUUCGAGAUUCAUGUUUAUGGAAUAACCUGAACGGAGUUUGAAAAACCUACUUAUUUCUGUGUUUGAAAUCCUCCUGAAGUGCUAAUCAUGUUAACGGGUCCACUGAACAUGAGGGACAAAUGACUACUAUUUGUUUUUCUCCCUGAGCUCUUAGUGAAAAGCAAUUAAUUUGGGUGACUUUUCCUGCAAUUAGUAAGUCUUACUAGCCUAAAGGAUACAGCGUGGGGUUCUGCAUGGUUGAUGGCCGUUUUCCCUCUGGAUUCACAAAGCACACAAUUGUUUUCUUGCAGAAGAGCUUAUGUGAAAACAUGUUUAAUUAAAAUUAUUAAAAUGGCCAUUCCUUCUUGUUGAAGGUUUAAUUGUAUUUGGUUGAGGUGCUGCAAACCUCACUUUUUAAAACAGACAGGCUCCGGUUUGCCCGUUGUGAUAUUAACAGCUGAAAAGAACAGCUUGUAGCCACCUACAUUUUCAGUCUUAAAAACGCCAAUGUUUUAUCAUUUAGCUGUUCUGUUCUAAUUACAUUCCUUGUUUGUUACACUCCAGGCAUUGCUUUCAUAUGCAUGGCUUAAAUGUAUUUCAGAGAACAUAUGUAAAUAUGCAUUGCAUGCCCAUAGAAGCCAUAACACAUUUUGUGUUGCCAAGAAAAAGGGGCUCAGUACACAAGCUCAGUAGAAAAAUAUUUUUGCUUCAUCCUUAUCUGCACAUAGCUUGCUCUUCACACGUGGGGGGUGAGGCUAGAGGGGCUGGGGAAGAACUGGUACUUUGAGGACAAAGACAGCUCUGGAGCUGAUAGUUAAAAAUGGACUUGGGGUUUCAGCAUAGAAACCACACCAAGUAAUAAGCUAAACGUUUCACUUCAUCAUUCAUUACAUUCCACAAUUUUGGGAAACACAAAUUAAAUUUACUCUCCAGGUGAAACUUCAAUUUAGAUCUCCUUCCAAGAAAAUUUUGUCUAUAUGUUAUCAUACUGACAGCCAGCCUAUCGCAGUAAUACUUAAGCCAACUUUUAUAAGCUGGAUGGUUAUAGGGCAUAAAACCAAACUUGAGGAGGAAGAGGCCAUACAUGCACAGUGUCACUGUGAGACUUCCUGCCUGUGCCAUCAAACUACUACUAAUAAUCUUUGCUUUGAGUCAGAUUAGUACAACAAAAAUCUGCCAUUGAAUCCGAAGCAAAGAGGACAAGGCUUUUACUAAUUCUCUCUGAGGAGUUAUUGCAUCUCCGUUGAGUAACGUUUUGACUGACAGUUAGAGCUACCACUGAGAAUUUAGUCAAAUUGGCCACAGAUCUUACUUGCUGAUCGGCCAUUCUUAAUCACUAUUGCCAAGAGAUUGUGAAGCUGUGUACAGUGCUUAAAUUCUGGUGAGUGAGCGAUGUUAGGGAAAUUCAUUUUGUAUAUUGCACCAGUAAAACUUAUCUGUUUUAAAGAAACCAAUUUAAAUUAGAUCUGAUCAUAUAAAAGCUAUUAUUCUAGCAGUGAGUGUGUUGAUUUGAUAGUGCUGACAUUGUAAAGGUAAUCAAAAUAGUCUAGGCGCGUUUGUUCCAGUUGGAUUUGUGGUGUUAGGAGACGUACAUGUAUUUUCUCUGGGAUAGUUGUGAUUUUCAACACUUCUUUUUGUCAAUUCUGUGGAUGAUCCUUUGGUUUAGAAUACAGGGAACGCGAUGGAUGUGGUUAGCGUUCUCGAAGCAGCUUCUCAUUUGUUUAUAACUUGUUAACCUACAGUGAUUGAAAAGGGAAUUUAUUUGAACACAACAGCCUCUGUUGUAGCUUGCUGGUCCUACAUGUUUCUAAAUCAGAAUAUUGCAUAAUCGUCCUUCUAUAAUAGGCCAUACUUGAACAAAAUAAUUACAAACAAACUUUACAUUCCUGGAUGCUGGAGUCACGCACUUCACAUCCUAGCUUUCAGACGCUAGCACACGAGAAGAAAAUGUUCACUUAAGAGUUUAGUUAGUUAUUAGUAAAAUAAUUGUGACUGAAAUUUGAAGACGAAACAGAAAAUAUAGGGGAAUAUAGAUUACAGAGAUGAGUGGUUGGACAUACUAAACACUUCUGACUUGCUAACCCAAAUUCCUGUGAAUAAACAUGGCUUUUGGAAGCAGUUUGCAAUACAGCUGUUUAACCAUUAAGUAAAGAAGACAUUUAAUACCCUGUUAUGCAAAUUAUCAUGGACUUACUUGAUUGUCAUUCUUUUUGAUAAACAUCAGUGCAGCUGACAAUAAUCAACAUUAAUAGUUAGAAUAAUUCUAGCUUGGUAUAGUCUGGAUCCAUUUUUAUUCCCCUCGUACGUUGCCACUGCCCCUGGAAUCUGAUCUACUUAAUGCAACUGAAAUGAUAGACUGCUGCAAAAUUGGACCAUUUUCCUCCCCUGUGCCCUGACUACAGUACUGCUUUUCUGUUGGGCUACCCGCAAAGAACGGUAUGUGUGUGAAUGGGUAUGAACACAUUCAUUUAUCAGCAGAACACACUCUGGAGGAAGGAGGUAGCAGCCUGGAGGGAAUAGCCUCUUAUUAUAAUCUGUGUGUUUUAUGCGCUGAUAAAUAAAUGAGUUUCAAAUUAAUAGGAACAACAUAACGUACCAUUGUGAAUGGCAUUGUUUUUUCAGUCUAUAAAACAACAGCGCCGACAUAGCCACCAUUUCACAUCAGAGCUGAUGUAUGCUGAGAGCCAGGAUACCGAGCUGAGCAGUUGUAAUUAAAGGUUGUUUCAGCACUGAUCAUUUCUGUGGAUGAACCUGAAAUAUCAGAGUCCACUGCUUAAAAAUGUGAUAACUCCAUUGGAACUAAUAAGUGGUGCUCAGUGAAGUUUUGAUGGGGUGUAGUAUAAAUAUUUCACUGCUGUAAGGCGUCAAUUGGUACUGUGGAUUUUUAUUUUUUUUAUUUAAAAAAAAACUUCUUGGAUUUUUUCAAUUAAUCAUUCAGUCUAAUUCGCUACUGGCAAACUAUUUUAUGAAGCAUCCAAACCGUGGGUUUAAUUCAACAAAUGGUUUUGCUUUGUGUGGGGACUUAAAAGGCCACGCAUAUAUAACAAAAUAAUAUUGAGGUAUUAUCCAGUUAACUGAAGGAACAAAUAUGCUCUUAACUAUUUGACUUCUCUCAUUUAGCCAAAUCACACUUUUCAAUCAAACGAAGAGCAUUUCAUGAAUAUUACUUUAGUGCAAUUGUCAUAGUUACCUUUCAGGAUGGCCACUGAUUUUUUGAUAUCCCUUGGUUGUAGAGAAUUAUGAUUAUAAAGGCUUUAUUGAGGGUGUUGUUAUCAAUUUCAUUUGCAUUGAGAAAUCACGAUCCAGAAAAGUGCAUGUGGUAAACCAUUACCUUUCCUUUGAUUAUGACAAGUAGGUAUUAAAUUAGUUCUCAAAUGUUGGAGGUACCGGAAUCCUUGCUUUCCUAGUAAUUCAUACCUAAGUAUGGAAUGUCCCCAGAGAGAGGGUUGCCUCAUGUAUCACACUUUGGCACCUUAGGAAUAAAUUUGGCCAUUCUGUAAAUGUACUGUAUGUUGUUUGAUAAAUAUAUGGAGUCAUUUACUGAACCUCAGUGAAUGGCCAGCCAUUCUUAUGCACAAAUGUUGACCAUCCGUAAACACUUGCAUAAGUUUGAAAUGAGAGAGGAUGGUAAUUAAGGUAUUGAAUAAUAUAUUUUUGAGAAGCUUCUAACACAAAUCGAAUAUUAAUCAUGCUUCAUCACAGGUCCUGUUGCGUAUUGAGGUUUAUAGUAUAUGGUAUUGUGUAAUAGUGAAAUUUAUAGUUCAAUUUAUUUGGUCAUGCUGGGAGGAUCAGUGAAUUCAGUAUAGAUAUAAUCACUUAUCUAGUUAGGAAGAGCUUGAACCAGGAUGACACAGGAUGGUCUUUAUGGGCCUAAAACGAGGACCUGCAUUUGGUUUCUUUAAGAUAAUACUAUUAAAAUGUGUCUUGUCGACUCCAGUACUAAUAUUAUGAUCAGUUGGAGUUACAUUAACUGUAGUACAAUUAGUCACAGUGCUAUUGUUCAACCCCUGAGUAAUUCUGACGACCUGGUCUGAAUCUUUAACUGAUCUCUGUACGAUUUAGAAGAGGGCAUUUAUAGUACAAUACAUGUAAAGAUAGUUGCUGUUAUAAAUAGCUGCCUUGCUGUUAUGUAAGUAUUGUCUGUAUUCACUUUUUACAGUACAACAACAAAAUUACAUUUGUAUAGUGCCAGUCACGUCGGGAGGACGUCCCAAGGCGCUGAACCGAAGGUGCAGUACAGUAAUUCUUUCAAAAUGGAAUAUCAACCUUUUUUCCAAUUGAGAAAACAAAAUGUACAACACCGUCAUUCCGGGAUGUUAAUGUGGCCGUAUCAUUCUGGAGAAAUAAAUGGUAACAAACUG